CCACCGCAAACAUGGAUGAAAAUGCCGGAAUACCUAAAGCAACUCUUUCAAACUUCAAAGAGAAAUUUUCCAGUGAUGAGAAGAAUCUAUUGGCCCAGAAUGUCUGUUACAAAACAGAUCUUUGGGAGACCUGUAGACAGCAGGAUCUGGUGUGGAGUAGUCCUCAUGUGUUCAACUGUAAGGCAGGAGAAGGGAAACCAAUGACAAAUCAGAAAAGCUCUGGACGAUGUUGGUUGUUUGCUUGUCUCAACGUCUUACGAGUUCCAGUGGCAAAACACUUCAAGCUGGAUGAGAUGGAAUUCAGCCAAAACUAUCUGUUCUUCUGGGAUAAGGUUGAGAGAGCUAACUAUCUUCUAGAUGUAUUUGUCAACAUUUCAAAGAAGGGAGAGAACCCAGACGGACGACUAAUGAGCCAUUUACUGCACAACCCUGUAGAUGAUGGUGGUCAGUGGGACAUGUUAGUCAAUAUAGUGGAGAAAUAUGGCCUUGUACCCAAGAGCUGCUUUCCUGAUGCUCACAGCGCUGAAUCUUCCCUCAGGAUGGGCCGAUUGAUCAACAAUAAGAUGAGGGAAUUCUGUAUGCGUCUACACAGCAUGGUUAAAGCAGGGAAAUCAGACGAAGAAAUUGCAGCAGAAAAGUUGAAGAUGCUGGAAGAGAUCUACAGAAUAUGUUCCAUAUCUCUGGGAACUCCACCAGAAGUCAUAACCUGGGAAUUCUAUGACAAUGAAAAACAAUACAGGAAAGUUGGACCAAUAAAACCUGUAGAUUUCUACAAGGAACAUAUCAAGCCCCUGUCAGAUUUGGAAGAUAAGGUGUGUUUAGUAAAUGAUCCCCGUCCUAAAAAUGUGUACAAUAAACUGUACACUGUUGAGUAUCUCAACAAUAUGACGUCUGCUCGAAAUGUCCUCUACAUUAACCAGCCUGUACAAGUCCUGAAGGAGCUUGCUCUUGCUUCAAUCAAAGGAGGGGAGUCUGUAUGGUUUGGAUGUGAUGUUGGCAAAUAUUUCAGUCGGAAGCCAGGAAUCCUAGAUCUCAACAUAGUGAAUACUGAUUUAGUUUUUGGCACCAGCAUGUUGGGGAUGAAUAAAGCUGAACGUCUACAAUAUGGUGAUUCUCUAAUGACUCAUGCUAUGGUACUCACAGCUGCUCAUGUUGAGGAUGAGAACAAGACAGUAAGAUGGCGAGUGGAGAAUUCCUGGGGAGAUGCAGAUGGUGAUAAAGGUUUUAUUACGAUGACAGAUGACUGGUUCUCAGAAUUUGUGUAUGAAGUUGUCGUAGACAAGAAACAUGUACCGUCAGAAGUCAUGGAUGUUCUUAAUCAAACACCUGUAGUGCUUCCAGCUUGGGAUCCCAUGGGCGCUCUGGCAGUUGAUGUAGAUGGUCACACUUCAAAGCUAUAAAAACUUUCCAGAGAUGAUCAAAAACAUGGAUUACUAUUGAAGAUCUUGUUUUUUGGUCUCUGUAGGAACAAUGGCAAUAAUAAUUGACAUUUGUUUUUAAUCAGGAAAGUAAAAAUUAGUUCCAAUGAUUAAGUGUAUUAAUUUUGAUUUAAGGUAUAAUUGUUGUAUUUUGCUACUGAUUUCUUCAAUAUUUAUAUACAAAUAAUAAUAAUUUUAUGCAAUUUACAUGAUUAUGUAUGCUCAGUCAUUAAUCUUUGUGAAAAUUUAUUUUCGUGGAAUUUUUGGUUACCUUAUAUCCAUAAUUUUUUCUUUGUCAACAAAAUGAUAAACAGAUUAAAUUUGACAGAUAUGGAUUAUGAUACUAGUGGAUUUGUCAACAAGAUUUAUCCAUGAAAUCAAGAGUCAGUGAAAAUAUAUAUUUUUUGUAAAGCCACGAAAUUUGACCCCCACGAAAAUAAAGUGCUGUGUAUUUUGUUGGUUUUUAUAAAAAUUCAGACACUGAAGAAUGUGCCUCCAUUUUUGUUAAUCAGUAUGUAUGAUCUUUAAUUAUAUUGUACUUAGCAAGUGUAACCACUCAGUCCAUUUUAUGUUUGUCUACAUGUACCAACACAGCUGUGUGUUUAUUUAAACAAAACCAAUGAGAUGAAACUUGCGAUUCACGAUACCUUUAUAAUCUAACUGGUAAUCAUGAAUAUUUUGAUAUACUAUGCUUUUGUAGCUGUUUUAAUGAUCCAUUAAAUUCUUGACUUUGUAUUUGACCAAAACAUAAAACUGAACCAUUUAUUUAUUGUUAAUAAUUUACAUCUUCAUUUUAUUGUCUUCCUAUCUGGAAUAAAGUCCUGUCAUUUUGCUGUUUUAAAAAUACCAUUAAAUCCGGUGAUUUAUUCAUUGUGUGACACAUCUUUUGUCGUAAAAAAUGAAAUAUAUGUUAACAUUUUAUAAAAAAUCCUUUUUUUAAGCCAAACUUCAAGUGAAAUUAGAUACCUUUGUUUAAAGACCUAUGUUGUUAAGUAGCAAAACACCAAUUUUUCUUUAACUUUACAGUUCCUACAUAUAAAAAUUUGAAUAUUCUGAAAUAUGAAAAUUUGGUCGUAGCUUUCUUUAUACGAGAAUUUCGAUGAUGUUUCUAUUGAAAAUAGUUUUUGAUGGGCGUUUUUACUGGUAUCAAAAUGGCAAGUUUUGUGAUGAAAAACAAGAAAUCCAUUUACAUAAUGUACAUAUCAGAAUGCUGAUUCAAAUAUGAAAAUCAUAUUUUACUUGAAAAAUUAUUUUUGAGGGAAACUAUCAGAAAUCCGUGCAACUCUUCACAACAAUAGCUAGCAAUAACAGUCUGAAAUUUUAUCAUUGCUGAAGCUCAGUUGUAUUUCUGGUUCAAAAAUAUAUAUGUAUAAAUAGCAAACUUGUCCAAGAAUACAAUUACUAGAUAAUGCUUGUUGUGUUGUCAUUGAUAAGUAAAGAUGUACUUAAAUGAUGAACGAGAUGUAGUUGAUUCUGAGGUUUCUGCAGCUGAAGCCUAGCCUAGUACUAAAUAAUCAUCUGUAUCCAGAUGAAACAAAUCUCCAUAAGAUUGCACAAAGUGUAAUUAUGUCCCAUCUACAGCUAUCAGGACAUACACUCAAAAUCCUUGUAAUUUCAUGAUCUUGUUGUCAAAGUACAGCGAAGAAAAUUCUUAAUGUUUUUGUCCACUGCCCUAUAAAGAAAAACAGGUGUUAAUAACUUUUAGGUAGAAAUGACCAUGCCAGGAAAAUGGUCUUUUUCAAUCAUGUGGGUUAUCAAUGUUAGGUUUCAUACCUUCUCAAAACUUUAUAGUGUGUAGUAAUUCUUAGAUACAAGUAAAUAUACAUAUGUGUUUUUAUUUUGUACUGUUAAGUAUUUAUAUCAACAU